AUGGAGAACUCCAGUUCUAGUUGUAGUAGUGAAUCGGAUAGUGAAGGUUGUGGAUAUUUAGUUUUUUUCAUGAAAAAAGGCGAACAAUCUUAUACGCUAGUAGAAGGUGAAACGACAAUCGGGAGUUCCGUUGAUGCUGAUAUUCGGCUGAUGCCACAAACGGCUCCAAUCCACUACUGCUCUAUUGAUGUAAAUGAAUAUGGAAUUGCUACCUUAUUUAACAAAUGUACAGCAAGUCUAAUAAAGGUGAAUGAAGCUCCUUUAAAGGACCAUACAAUCCUACGAAGUGGUGAUUUUAUACAAUUACAAGGGAAGAAGUUUCAGUAUCUCAAUGACUUUAUUACAAACAAGGACAUAGAUGAAUUUAUAAAAGGACGAUUAGCACCUUCGCAUAGAAAGUCUACAACGAUCCUUAAAAGUGCCAGACAAUCUAUUUCUAGUGCAAAAAAAACUCCUAUGAGUUCCAAGAAGUCUCCCACAUUAAAAACAAAAACUCCAUCACAAUUGCCAUUGAGAAGGCAGACCAGAAAAUCAGAAAGCAUAAUUCAUUCGAAAUUGCCAAAUUCUGACAAGAAAUCCAAGAGAUACUCAGCAAUAUCAUUUAAUACAAGAAAAUCGCCGCAAAGUACAAGAAAAUCACCGCAAAGUACCGGAAAAUCACCGCAAAGUACCGGAAAAUUAAAUAUAUCUACUCGGAGAAGCGUAAACGAAAAUUUACGACGGUUAUCGUUGUCUAAUGCGAGAAAAAUCUCGCACGAGUACCAGAAAAUCCAGUCUACCUAUGCUGAAAAAACAUAA